UGUUCUGAGCUCUGAACGUCUCUGCGUCUCUGGCUCUCUGGGACUCUGACUCGCAUUCCGUGAUUGGAGUCCGAAGCUGCAGCUCAUCGAUUGGUACGAUGCGAGCGCAGUUCUGCGCUUCGAUUUUUUAUUGCUCACAGUGCGUGGAACUCCGGCUGCGGCCCGCUUCGGAAAUGGUGCCGUCUGGUCUUCCCGUGGCGGAAGUGGCGUCGAGUCCCGGCCGAGAUUCGCUGUGAUUUUCUCGUUUUCUCGCUUGGCCUCGGGGGCGUGUUCAUCCGCGACGUCCGAGACUCGAAAGCUGCUAUGGGUUCGAAAUUGGCCAUCUGAUGUGGCCCUUCAAGUCUGCAGUUUGGCCGUGGUGCAUUAUGGACGACAUCAAUAUCUGGAGCACGGACGAGGCCCGACAAUGGAGCCCUGCGGAACUUUUGGAGUAUUACAGGAUUCUGGCAGUGGAACUAUUCGUUGGAUUGGCCUAUGGCAUGGUCCUUGGGCUGGGAUUCAUGUUGGCUCUCGUCCACUGGCAGCGACAGCGUGCUCGACAACGGCAGGAGAAGGCUAUUCACGUAGCAGCAUUGUCACAAAUGUCUCUGAACGACCUUCGCAAGCUUUUCCCUCAAGACGACAUUCCGUUGUGGCUGGUCAUUGGGAAGUACGAGAAGGUAAAUUGGAUCAACAUGUAUUUGAAGAAAAUAUGGCCGCUUUUCAGCAAGGCAACUUCUAUUGUGAUGAAGGAGGUUUGGGAACCUUUCAUUGAUCAAUACAGGCCUUCAACUAUCACCGCGCUCACGUUCCAGAAGUUCACCAUUGGAACCAUUGCUCCUAGUAUCCAAGGUCUUCGUAUAGCCCAUUCUACUCCUGAUGAGAUUGCGAUGGAUGCUGAGUGCGUUUGGCAAGGUAACCCCAGCAUUAUUCUGAAAGUCCGGACCUUGAUGGGUCUCACAUUUCCAAUACAGGUUAAGGAUGUCAGUCUAGUUAUGGUGAUGAGGCUGAUCUUUCGACCACUUGUGGAGGAGUUGCCAGGCUUUGCUGCAUUCACGUACUCAAUAAAGAAAAAGAAAAGGUUUGACUUCAGAUUGAAGGUGAUUGGAGGUGACAUAGGCAGUUUUCCCGGUUUGGCCGGUACGGUUGAGGAAACGAUCCGAGCAACAGUUCUUGAUUGCUUGAUGUGGCCAAUGCGUAUCCCAGUGAUAAUUUUACCCAGCCCCUUAGAGGGUGAUAACGCGAGACUGCAGCAACAUAUGUAUCCUCGGAGGGGUGGUGCCAAUUUCACGCACAACGAUCUCCUGCCAGCAGCUGGGAUUUUGGAUGUUAAGCUGGUCCAGGCUAAGGAUCUUCUAAACAAGGACCUUGUUUCAAAAGCGGAUGCAUUUGCGCUUCUUUAUAUCAGGCCAAUACCAGCUCGCAUGAAGAGGAGCAAGACUAUAAACGGUGACUUGAGCCCCAUUUGGAACGAGAUCUAUGAGUUUGAGGUUGAGGAGCAAGAAACACAGAAGCUAACUAUAAAAGUCUUUGACGAGGACCGUGAGCACGAAGAAGAGUUGCUUGGGUGUGCCCAAGUGCUUCUGAGAGACUUGGAACCUGGCGUUCUCACGGAAAAGUGGAUCAAUCUUGUCAGAAAUCUUGAAAAGCCAAAUGAGGGAAAAUAUCGGGGAGAGGUCAACUUGGAACUUCUGUAUCGACCUUACAACCAAAAGUUUCCAGCUAUGUGGAAUCCUGAGGUGGCACCAGAGAAUCUUGCCAGUACAUCCGUUGACCCAAUCAGUACCUCAGAUGAUCCUGCCAUUCCUCCAACUUACGACCCAUUCCCCGACGAAGAGAACCUAAAUUUCAUUGAGUCGCUAAGAUUAAACAGGGGACCACCAUUGAAUCCCGAUUUCUCUUUCAAGGGCCAAAUGUGGGAAGUAGUCCGAGGGGUACUCUCGGUGACGGUGCUGCGUGGAGAGAAUCUUAUUUCUGCAGACAUGAAUGGAUUAAGUGAUCCUUUUGUGACCUUGAAGAUGAGAAAAAGUCGGAUCAAGAAACAAACGAAAGUAAUCUACAAAACUUUAAAUCCAGAAUGGAAUCAAACCUUGGAUUUCCUUGUGGAAGAUGCUAUUCAUGACAUGCUUCAUAUUAAAGUCUGGGAUCACGACACUUUCAAGAAGGACUUUUUGGGGAAAUGUGCCACGACCUUGACAAAGACCAUCUACAUGGGAGAGUAUAACGCAGAGUUCAAGCUUGACGGAGUGUCAUCAGGAAAACUAUUUUUGCACAUGAAGUGGACCCCUCAGCCAUUCGAGUUGUUGAACGGUAAACGGCAAAGGCGUCAUAGUAGCAUUUUGUAGGGAUCUCCUUCAGAUGUCAAUUUUCAGUAACUGUAUGAUGUAUGUAGACGAGCUAAUGUAUGAGGUCGUAUGCCUCAAUUUUCCAAGCUUGUCCACGUUGGAGUUAAGUAGGAGUUGGAGAGUAGCGUUUAGAUGAUUUAACACCUACAGUAGAUCUGAUUUUCAGUAGACUUGUAGGGACCUCAAUGUGUAGUCCCCUUGGCUUGGCCUUAGGAUGGUAAUGUAUGUGCACACUUUGUACCAUGGCCCAUUGAUGGGUAUUGUAGAUUUGGAUGCUACAUUUACUCAGAUCUAUGUGUCCGUUUUCUCGAG